UCCGGCGAAGCGCUUCCGGUAGCGGUGGUGGUGGCAGCGGUGGUUCCGGGUGCCUUUGUCCCCCGGUGUCGCGACCCCGGGCCCACAGGUUUUUCCCAAGACCCAGUAAAAGACACCAGCAUUCUCAAUGUCUCAGUUCAAGCGCCAGCGGGUCAACCCACUUCCAGGAGGACGAAACUUCUCAGGCUCUGCAUCCACAUCUCUCCUGGGCCCACCACCUGGUUUGCUUACCCCUCCUGUAGCCACAGAGUUGUCUCAGAAUGCCAGGCACCUUCAGGGUGGAGAGAAGCAACGUGUCUUUACUGGCAUUGUCACCAGCUUGCAUGACUACUUUGGGGUAGUUGAUGAGGAGGUCUUCUUUCAGUUGAGUGUGGAGGGCAGGCUGCCCCAAUUGGGUGAGAAGGUGCUGGUAAAGGCUGCAUACAAUCCUGGCCAGGCAGUGCCCUGGAAUGCUGUCAAGGUUCAGACACUCUCCAAUCAGCCCCUGCUGAAGUCCCCAGCACCUCCGCUUUUACACGUGGCAGCACUGGGUCAGAAACAAGGCAUUCUGGGGGCCCAGCCUCAGCUGAUCUUUCAGCCUCAUCGGAUUCCUCCACUCUUCCCUCAGAAGCCACUGAGUCUUUUCCAAACAUCCCCUACAUUGCAUCUGAGCCACCUGAGCAGGUUUCCUGCUCGGGGUCCUCAUGGCCGACUGGAUCAGGGUCGAAGUGAUGACUAUGACUCCAAGAAACGCAAGCAGAGGGCAGGUGGGGAGACUUGGGGUGCUAAGAAGCCAAGACAUGACUUACCCCCUUAUCGAGUCCAUCUUACUCCCUAUACUGUGGACAGCCCCACCUGUGACUUCUUGGAACUCCAGCGCCGUUAUCGAAGUCUCUUAGUACCCCCAGACUUCUUAGUUGUGCAGCUGAGCUGGCUGUCAGCCUUCCCUGUGAGCCAGCCCUUCUCCCUACAUCAUCCAAGCCGAAUUCAGGUAUCAUCAGAGAAGGAACAAGGCCCAAAUAAUAAUCCUGAGUCCACUCCACCAGAUUCUGACGUGACUUACAGUGCUAAGGUACUCUUGCUCUCCUCCCCGGGACUAGAAGAAUUAUAUCGUUGCUGUCUACAGUUUGUGGAAGACAUGGCUGAGCCAAGAGAGAGCCCAGAACACCCUCUGAAGCAAAUUAAGUUCUUGCUGAGGAGGAAGGAGGAUGAGACUGUGAUGGUUGGGGGAGAGUGGUCACCCUCCCUAGAUGGUCCUGACCCAAAGGCUGAUCCCCAGGUAUUGGUCCGAACUGCUAUCCGCUGUGCCCGAGCUCAGACAGGCAUUGAUUUGAGCAGUUGCACUAAGUGGUGGCGUAUUGCUGAGUUCCAGUACAUACAGCUAGGACCCCCUCGGCGGCAGCGAACGGUAGUGGUGUAUCUGCCAGACAUCUGGACCCUUAUGCCCUCCCUGGAGGAGUGGGAGGCUCUGUGCCAGCAGAAAGCUGCUGAGGCAGCUGCCCCACUCCAGGAGGCUGCAAUGGAAGCAGAGGCUUCUGUAGAGGAAACAGACGCGUCUGAGCUUGCGGCAGCAGAGGCUUCUGAACAAGACACAGAUAAUCCUGAACUCAGUCUGCAGCAGGAAAUAGACCCUUCUCUCCCAGAGGCCCCUCCCCCUCCUCUGGAGCCUGUUAUAAUAGCUCAGCCUGGCUGUACCAACCUUUCCCUCCAUGCCAUUGUGGAGGAUCGGAGGCCAAGAGAAAAGAUCUCAUUUGAGGUAACGGUGUUGGCAGCACUGUUUCAAGAGAUGCUGCAGCGAGACUUUGGAUACAAAAUCUAUAAGAUGUUGCUGAGCUUGCCUGAAAAAGAGGUGCCCCCACCAGAGCCGGAAAAGGAGGAAGUGGCCAAGGACGAGGCAGCCAAAGAGUCCAAGGAUGAGACACAGAAUGAGGGGCCAUCUGCUGAGCCAGAUGCCUUGUUGAAGGAGGAUGGACUUUUGCCCAAGCCUUCAGCUUCUGGUGAAGAGGAGGAGGAGAAGGGCCGGGGUGAAGCAUCUGAAGACCUUUGUGAGCUGAGUUUGGAUGCAGAACUGCUGCUGCUAAGGGAAGAUGUGGAGGAGGAUUUUGCAGGGACAAAGCUUGAAGAUGCUGAGGUACGGUCUGUUGCCUCAAACCAAUCAGAGAUGGAAUUCUCCUCACUUCAGGACAUGCCCAAGGAGCUAGACCCCUCAGCAGUGUUGCCCCUGGACUGUCUUCUUGCUUUUGUGUUCUUUGAUGCCAACUGGUGUGGCUACCUUCACCGACGGGACCUAGAGAGGAUCCUACUCACUCUCGGACUCCGGCUCACUGCAGAGCAGGCCAAAAAGCUGGUUAGCCGAGUGGUGAGCCAGAACAUUUGUCAGUACCGGAGCCUGCAGUACAGUCGUCAAGAAGGCCUGGAUGGUGGGCUCCCUGAGGAGGUACUCUUUGGAAACUUGGAUCUGCUGCCACCUUCGUCUGGGGAAAGCACAAGGCCAAGUGCCCCUCAAGUGGAACACAAGGGCCUGGUGUCUCAUAAUGGCAGCCUGAUUCAUGUGGGAAACCUACUGCAGCGGGCAGAGCAACAAGACAGUGGGCGGCUUUACCUGGAGAACAAGAUCCACACACUGGAACUGAAGCUGGAGGAGACCCAUAGCCGCUUCUCCACCACAGAGGCUACCAAUAAGGCGCUAACAGCAGAUAUACAGGAAUUGCGGACACGGCUAGCAGAGGCUGAAGAAAUGGCCCGAACAGCUGAGAGGCAGAAGAAUCAGCUGCAGCGUCUGCUUCAGGAGUUUCGAAGGCGUUUGACUCCUUUACAGCAAGAGAUGCAGCGGAUGGCAGAGAAGGCUGACAGUUGGGGAGAGAAGGAGGAACCAGCACCUAGCAACUGAGGCUGAAGGGCACUGCACAUCAACUGCCAGCCAGUGAGCUCAGCGAUGGAGUCUGAUGAAGUUAGAUCCUCUCAGCACCAGAAAGCAGCUGGAGCAGGGUCUGGAAACACAGGCAGGGGAGGCUGACAGUACUAGGCAUCUCCAAGGCAAAUGGAGAGGGAGGGGCCUGGGUCGUGAGGGGAAGAACAGAGACUGGUUCUCAGGCUAUCAGCAGGGAGGGACCCAAUUUACACCUAUCACUAAUAGAGCAUCUUUUCUCCUCACUUCUGAAAUACCAUUUCUCCCUCUACUGUGGCUUCUCCUGGAGCCCUUUUAAUCUUGUGCUUCCUCAUAUACUCCCAGUUUAGAAUGAGGCAAAGGGAGGGAGGGGAAGACAGCUUGAGAAACCUGUAACCAGGCCUAGCACCAACAGACUUUCUGGAGAAAGGGUCAGGGAGUCCAGUUGUGGGCAGUGGAUCCUUGAUCUGGUCAAGCUGCUGAGCUGUAGGGGCAGAUCCUCGAGGAAAGGGGCUCAUGGUUUGCACAAGCAGUAGAGCCAGCAGCAGGGCUGCCAGUUUGUGUCUUGGGCUAUUUGUCUGUAGUCCUGCACUCUGCCAACCCCAGAUGAGAUCUCCUGCUCCCGAAAGCCGCUCCUUUCUCUUCUGCUCUUUGUUCAGAAUGUGGUAAUGGCUUGGGCCUGGUAGGUCAAGCCUUUCUGUUACCUUUGUAAUUCUCACAUCUUUCCAUAACCCACGGUUCCAGUUUGACUUUGUAUAUAAAACAGUUGUCCUUUUUUUGGCUUUUUGUUUUUUAAAUAAACCAAAGUCAAAAACA